AAAAAUAUUGGAGCAUGCGACGCGACAAACCUAUGGAGUGAGCACCGUGGUUCAAAAUUGUGUCCAAGGGUGCGUUCCGAGUUACGCGUGAAGCGCAUAAUGCAUCAUUUGUCCUUGUCGUUCACCAAAUAAUAAAGAAGGAUAAAACGAUACAUCGUGCGCUUUAUGCGUCACUUGGAACGCACCCCAAGAUGCGUAUGAGAGAAAAAUAUAUAUAAAGAUGCAUGUAAGGAGGACAGAUAUAUACAUGGAACAUUCGUUCUCUCUGCGCAUACUUUGAAAUGCUGAUAGUAAAGGCCAUCAAGCUGGUUCUACAUUAGUCGCAUCGCAGCGUCGCUUUAUGCACUAGCUUGCGUUGGCAUCUUGGCAUGUCCUUAACAGCGACACUGAAAUGAACAUCUUUAUCAGUUUUUAUUUAGAUCUACAUCAGUUUACAUCGCUGCUGAGUGUUGCAAACGUCGCCGUUACAAACACGAUGAUUCUACGUUAGGCGGAAUGAUGAAGGUCGAAUUUCGAUCAUGUGAAUCAUGUCGACUCUCGUUGAGAUCAACAGUGGCUCAUACCCAAACGAGGAUAUUUGCGUUACCACUACAAUCGAGCGAAUUGACUCGACAGUAACAUACAAUGAUUUCUUCUCGAAGUAUCUAAUGUGUAAUAAGCCCUGCAUCAUCAGUUUUCAAGCAACCGAGAACUGGCCAUGCAGACAUGAAUGGGUAUUGAACGGUACGCCUAAUUUCGAGGUGCUCCGCAAGCUGUUUGGACAUUCCAUUGUCCCAGUUGCUGAUUGUAAUAAAAAGUUUUAUAAUUCGCAAUUCAAGAAUAACAUGCCUAUGGAGAGUUACUUGGAAUAUUGGGCUGAUUACAAGCGGAGCUAUUAUGAUAAAUCGAUGCCAUUGUUGUACUUGAAAGAUUGGCAUUGCAUGAGAAGCUUCUCGAAUGUUCCGAUGUAUGAAGUACCUCAGUAUUUUGUAUCAGACUGGUUAAAUGAAUAUUACAUUGCUCAUCCCGAACUAAAUGACGAUUAUAUGUUUGUAUACAUGGGGCCAAAAGAGACCUGGACUCCAUUGCACGCGGAUGUUUUUACGUCAUAUAGCUGGUCUGCAAAUAUUGUCGGAAAAAAGAGGUGGUUGCUCUUCCCUCCGCACGAAGAAGACCACCUUCGUGAUCUUUACGGACAAUUGGUAUACGAUGCGGUUUCAGAAGAACUCAACGAUCAUACGAAGUAUAAAAUGUACGAUAGUGAAAAAUUAAAAUGUUUCGAUGUAAUUCAAGAAGUAGGGGAGAUUAUGUUUGUUCCAUCUGGAUGGCAUCAUCAAGUUUGGAAUUUGGAAGAUACAAUUUCUAUUAAUCACAAUUGGAUCAAUGGCUGUAAUAUCGCCAAUGUAUGGUGUGCAUUAAAAAAGGAAUUAAGAUCUGUUAUGAAAGUAGUUGACGACUGCAAGGAUAUGAAGAACUGGAAUGAACAUUGCCAAUUGAUGCUAAAAACUUCUUAUGGCAUGGACUAUAAACAGUUUCUGGAAUUUAUAUCGUUUAUUGCUAAAAACCGUUUACAUGCUAUGAUAAAAAAGAGUCAAGUCAUAAGUUUUAAUAAAUAUCGUUUCGGACAUAAUCAUUGUCUGUUUGAUUUGCGAGCACUUAAAAUCAUAUUGGAGAAUAUUAUCACAGACGCGCAAGAUCUGUCCGUGUACAAUUUGAUGUGUAAAAAUGAUGAAGCUCGCAUUUUACUGAAAAAUAUUGCCUUGUUUCUUGAUUCUUGUAAUAUUGAAAAUGCAGUUUCUGCAUGAAUGUAAAAUCCAAUAAACUGUUAAAAAGCCAAUUGUAAAUUUUGUUGUAAAUAUAGCAUGUACUUUCACAAUUGAUACCAUGUCAUUUUUAUGUAUGUGUGUCAAGUUUUAUAAAUCUCCCUCUCCCCCUUAACUUCAUUUAA